AUCUUGCCAGUCGAUCACACACGGUAUUCAGUCAGCUAGGAUGGAAGUUUAGUAAGGAUAUGUCUGUCUAACCCCGUCAGCUAUUAUAUCAUUAGCGGAUUUCGUUCCAUUGUGAUCUCCCGAGCAUGUGGGUUUUCUCGGGCCCAGUCGUAGCUUCCCUCGUGUUGCCACGUCAACGGGGGCUAUUGACGCGUAGACUAUGAAGAAGUGGCUGGGCUUAAGUGCGUAUCGCCAGUCGAUAUGCGUCAGACAGUGGCGCGAGGCUAUAUAACUAUACAGCGAGUCGACGAUAGCCUUCAGUUAAGCGGUAUGACUAACUUACACCGUGUUGUUCUUACGCUGCUCUCCAUCGUAACGGCCACAAACGAGAAAGCGGGUUAACUUUGGACAAGCCAUUAUACUACCGCCGCCGGAGACGCUGUAUUCACGGCUGAAAAGAAUAGUACUGCUUUACGACAGCAGGGGACAGGAGACACGGGACUGAGGGACGAGUGAUAAACGGAACGAUUAAGUAUGAAGACUAACUGGACCUUAAGUUUCUUCCUGUGAAGGAAGUCGCGAAAACUGCACAAGGAAUUACUAUAUCAACCUAGAGCUACGCUAGAGACGAAUGUCUAUGAAAACAAUGAAUGUGCUACAGCCGCCUCACGGCCGGUUGCCGCCUCAGAAGGAUAAGCGUAUGCCCCAUACAGGGGCACCCUUGGACCUUACUUUCCUGUGUCAUAAAGAAGUCGACCGUGCCGCCGACAGUCCGUUGGAUUUGUCGUUAAAGACGCGUAAAAGAUGUGCAGACACGACAGGCCACGAUGAUGAUAUAAUAUUUAUUGCUCAGAGGACUCCAGAAAAGCGCAUGUGUUAUGGGAAUGGCCGUGGGUAUUCCCAAGGCACGAGUGUAAAUCCAUUCGAACAGCCCAAUGGUUGGCAUAACGCUAAGGAAGGACAACAUUCAUCGGAAAGUACGAAAGCUGUGUUUCGCGGAGAUGGCUUUUUCCGAAUGGUGUCACCGAAACACCAGGGAAAACCAAUUCAGUAUAUACCCACGAUCCAGUGCUCAAAACAGGACAAUAUGCUUAAAACUGCCUGGGAGGCAAAGAACCAGAUUCCUGCCCCUUCGUUGAAACCGGUACCGAGCAGAUGUCCACAGCAACGGGUGAUGCCCGAUGGAUUUCCAUCCGAUGACCGGAGAUGUAGUAUUCAUGGAGCUGAAGUCGCAGGAGCUAAACAACGGAAUGGGUUCCCUUCCGCAUUACCAGAAAACGGAACAGUACGAUACAGCAACUCUGGUUACAUGGGACACAGAGCUCUGCUUCAUCCACAGCAAGUCUUUCACCCUCGUCACACCUUUCCUUCGGGUUGCAUACAGGCUGGACCGAUCCACCCUCGACUGCCUCAAAACGGCCGAUCUUUAAUUAAGCCCACCUCAACAUUCACGCCUUCUUCAUCGCCUUUGUCUGUUAAAACGACCAACAUCCCCUUUACGCAUCCCGCGCAACCGCGCUAUUCCAGUCCUGUGUGCCGAGCAGGGAAUCCGUUGCAAGGUUCAGAGCUAAGGGCGGCUCUGUCCAGCACUGGCAGGUAUUACCCUUCUCAGAACGCUUACGUUAAUCCUGUCCUUUCAGACGUUACGGUGACACAGAGCUGCAGCCCUGAUUCCACAUUCCCACCAACUAAUACUUGUUCGAACAACAAACACGUCCCUGUUCAGGAUGUAUACAUGGACACCCAGGAAGCAGGAUAUAGAUUUCCUGGCCAACGAAAUCUGUCUCUGUCUCCAUCACCCAGCAGACAUAUGACCGCCCUGCCAACAUCCUCAAUUCCAUCAUCGAGGAUGCCCCAAAAGACAUUGUCACCAUCCACAUUUCCAGGAAAGACUGCGUCUCCAUCCAUUACUCCUGCAAAAUUAUUUCCAACAUCCAACUUGCCAGCCAACCGUAUAUCACCGGCAGCAAUGUCAAGCAAGAUACUCUCCCCAGUACAAAGUAAUAUGAGUUUAGGAAAAGACAACUGCCUAAGACGCUCUCCCAAACCGCCGGCUACAUACGGGAACACUCUCUGUCCUCCUGUCGAACAUGUCUCGCAAAGCAUGCCAGCAUUGUGCAGGUCUGAGGAACGAUUCACUCAUAUUUCACCGUGUCAAAUUAAAGACGCCAGCGCAUCUCAUGUCGUCUGCAAUAACACAAUUCCAAACAAGGUACAAGAUGUUAGUGGGAAAUAUGAGACACCACUUCUUAUAUCUAUUCCCUGUGAGGUCAAGGCAGGGGCCGAAGGUGCUGUGCAGGAAAACAGGGAACCUGUGAAACCCGUGGUGCGAGAUAGAAAGCUUUCAUGUAAAAAACACAUGAUUCUGAAUGCGGUGAACCAGGACGAAGAAUUGAAGAUGUUGAGUGUUUCCUCGAUAGCAAAAUCUCCUCCCACCAUACGGACAGAUUCUGCAUCUCCUCCGUCUGAUCAACCGCACUCCCCUAAGAUGCCUAUUCUAAGUCCACAACAUCAUAACCCUCCGCCUUUAGCAUCCCCAUUUGUCAAUGACCCUCCUCCUUUAGAACUUACAACUGAGGAAAAGUUAGAAUCUUGCGCAGCUUUCCCGAGUUUGUAUGUUCGCCCAGGAAUCGAUAGCUGCGAGGUUUCCCUUGCGGCCGCCGUGGCGCCAAUCCCACGUAAAGGCGAGGAGUUUGAUCAGAAAUCUAAUGGAACCACUUUUUUAGCGCCAAAAGACGUUCCGCUGUCGAGAGACUGUGACACUGACGAUUCUAGCAAAGUUCCAACAAUAAAGAAUCUGUCUGCAUUCGUGCAGACUGGGUUGGUGUUGCCUGUGUCUUUAAAACCAAAGAGUGCUUGGAACUCACACAUGGCCCUCAACCCGAGUUUGCGUUCUCCAAUAGAGCAAAAUUCCAAUCCCUGGACAACGCCCAGUGCCAAAAAAGGUCCUGACCUGAGAAACAAUGGCGUGUGCGCGAGCCGAAAAUUAAUACCUGUCGCAAACGUUGCUCCGAUAAUUAAAGAAUCGUCGCUGCCAAAGGAGCAAGUCAGCAAGGCAAACGAUGUGAACGAGGCGAAAGAACAGCAUUUAGAUGGAGGCAAAACGCUGGACCUCCAAGCUGAAAUUGCAGCAUACAAAACAUCUCUGCGAAUGCCUGCUAAACUUAUAUCAAAAUCUCACGAGGUUGAGAAGAAAAGAACAGGCAUCGCAGAAGAAUUUGGAGCAAGCAAAGGUCGAUUCAAACAUAUUGAAAACGGUCCUGAAGUUCCCAAUUUACGUGCUACGUAUGGAAAAUUAUUUGGGGCAAAAGAAAUCAGUAAAUGUCAUAAAUCUACACAGCCUCUGCCCGAAGGUCCGAAUAAAGCAGACAAAGGAGAAGUCCCAGAGACUGGUGAUCGGAAUAUAUGGGAGUCGCUGACAGUGAAGGACAUUUCUCAUCCUGCAGAUGUGGACGUUGCAAAGUCCGAAAGUGCAUCAAGUCCUCAAUCUGUGAACAAGGAUCAAACUGCCCCAUCACCAACUGCUGCUGCAGAUGCAAAAUGUCUCACGAACGACACCCGAAAACGGGUUCGGGGACCGUCAAGGUUUACGUUUCGUCGGGUGGGCGGCAAAUUACGGGCAGAGAAGCGAUCCGAAAGAUUGAACACGGGCGCCAGUUCAAGUCAGACGAACCUGAAUCAGAGACGCCAUAGGAGGUCAAUGCUUGACGAAAUAGCGAACUCGGAAGGUUACGUGGCUGAAAGAAGACGACAGCCUCCAGGAUCAAAAGUAGAUCUGUUCGCUGACCCGGCCCUCCUCAGUCGAGAGGAAAGAGCUUUGCAGAAAGCUAUGAUGCGUUUCACGGAGAUGGAAACAGGGAAGAAUGGCUCCAGGAAGACCGUGCAGAAACCGAAGCGGCACUCAAACACGCAGCAAAGGGCGAACCAAUUGAAACGGAAGGCACUGAGACGAUCUCCUAAUAAGCAAGAAAAUCGAUCCAGAAAUGGAUCUCCGAAAUCGUCACCAGGUAAAAAAGGAUUCGUUGACUUUCAGCCAGAAGUUCUUCAAUCCCGUACGAGAAUGCAGUCCAAAGGGAUUCACAGUGUGGGAGGAUAUAACCGUGAUGCAGCUUACGAGAACGAGCUAGUCAACGAUGACAGGAGGCGAGAACUGAAACGGGCACGAAGGAGGGCAAAACAAAUGGCCAGUCAGCGAGCGAACGUGCGGAAAAUUCAUCGUGAACAGAACAACGCUAAUCGCGACAAAAGUGCUGAUAAGUGUCAAACUUCCCAUGAGUCCCCUGAGCGAAACUCCUCGAAGAAGCCACAGCUGAAGAAAACUCCUGUACACCUCAGGAAAACCCCGAAAGCGUCGGAAAGGAAGUACUCCGAAGACGUUAUUGGGGAUGACCAGAUCAAGCAAGAGCCGCUGGUCUUUGCAGAAAUUUCGCCCAGCAAGCUGAAAGCACAGCUGGCGUUGGGACACCUGGAUGAACUGCCCGAUCUUAUCCAUGAUGCUGCGAGAGUGGAUGUUAGUGGUUGCUGGGAGGUGCGAGACGUGGCCAGAACUGAAACGUUACGACAGACGCUGAGGAGUGGCCGCAAGAAAGGAGGUAUUCUUAUGAAACUGUCAUGGCGUCCCAUGACAGCAGGAAACAAAGGCAAGCCGCGCAUUGCGCAUGCGCGUGUUUCCCAGAAGCGGGCUUCAGGUCCAAAAUCUGUCCGAAUGCUUCAGUUGAGGCGGAGAGCACAGUUGGCGUUUUUACAAGCAACGCAACGAGGCGAGAAAAAGAGGGCGAAAAAGACAGUUGUGAAAGAAAGGACGCCGCUUCGUCAGACUGCGCGAAGAAGACGCCUGCGUUUACGUUCUGCAAGGUCAGUUCUCAAAGAGACCCGUGUAGCUAACAGCUCCAACGAGUCCACAGGGAAGAGAGAAUUGAGGAAGCGUCCGAAGUUGAGAGAUCGGGAGCAGAGGGCGCUGAGAAGCGCUCGCGUAACCCGCUCGAAUGGAUAUAAGGUAACCACCCGAACAAGGACUUCCGCUAAUCCGCGUUACCCUCUUCGAGACCUCAUGGUGAAAGUUGAAGAGGACGAUGGAAACACAACAGAGGAAUAUGACUUCGAUAGGGACGAUGUGGACAAUGGCGUUUAUUCGGAAGAUGAUAGCGUCUACGACGACAGAAUGGAAAGUGAGGGGGGUAGCGGUGAAAACAGCGAUGCGUUUCCGGAACCGCCGGAAUUACGGAAACUCAGUGUGAACAAAAACUCGGGCGAAACCGUCCUUCAUCGAGCUGCCCGGCUCGGUUACGAGGAGGUUGCCCUCUUCUGCCUCCGCACUCAGCUCGUGGACGUAAACGCUCGGGACAACGCCGGCUACACCCCACUCCACGAGGGAUGUGUGGGUGGUCAGACUAUCAUAGUCCGACAUCUCCUGGCCCACGGGGCUAACCCUAAUGUCUGCACACAAGAUGGCGUCAGGCCUAUACAGUACCCUGUGAAGAACGAUAACGCCGACGUAGUCCGGCUCCUACUCUCCUACGGCGCUGAUCCGUUGCUUGACACCCACGAAGCCAUUUCUCCAGAGAUGCUCGCCUUAAUCACUGGCUACCUCGCGGAUAUAAACGGCUAUGCAUCGCCUCAGGACGAGGUGCCUUGGAAUUUCUACGGCUCGUCACUGAUUGAGAAAGAAAAUGACGUUGAUCAUCAUCUCUUCUCAAAUUUACCAUCCGAUUACGACGACGACGAAGAUGACGUAGAAUGCUUUGUUCGACUGUAGCGAUGUCCAGCAGUUGGUGUCCUUACAGACUAAAGGUUCCUGAGGCAAAUAGUGAGGAUAACUACGUUAUUCUGGCUCAUAUACUGGACGAAUACCAUAUGACCAGAGGUGCGUUUUUACGGGAGCUCGGGCCUUUGAUUCGGAUCUACUCUCUGUCCCGGAACACUCUGGAGGAGGAGAUCAUUCACGCCUCCAGUAUAAGUACGCCAUUAUGUGCGGGUGUGAAGGAAUCACAGACUGUCGAAGUUAUCCGCCUGGCGGAUGUGCACAUCUUUGUGUCGCACAAAACCAGUUCACUCAAGGGAAAACGUUCCGCCUUGAAAACUGCGUCCGGAACCGGAGACGGAACCACUGUGGUUAAAUCGAAAGUUCGGAGACGGAUUUUAGAUGCGGACGAGGACUACCCUCGUGGAUUACCCCCGCGAGAAAUUUCUAGGACGCUUUCUGAUCUCAGUUCGCCGUGUAAUUACGGUACAACAACUCCCAUAGGACACAAACAUGUUCUUGAGUCGUCCUUUAUGUCCUGUGUUUUAAAAAGUCCUUUCUCCACGGGAACCACGCACCAUUCCGAUAGGAAAUGCAAGACGGAGGAACUCGACAAGACUUCCUUCACUAAGGAGAAUGGAAGUCAUGUAGUGCUGCCUGAGUUGUUGAAUUCGUCCGAACGAUUUUUGAAAUUAAACGAUUCUUCAGAGUGCGCAGGGAAAAUGAUAUCAGAACACACGCCCUUGUCUUUCUCUUUGGAUCUGAAAAACUGUACGGUUGGUUCAGACUCUUGGAAGGGCUGCUGUAAAACGACGGAUCUUGAUUUAAAGAACAACAACAACGUGAACAGCACAAAUAUUUACCCUCUUGUGGAUAAUGUCAAAAGAACAUUGGACGAGGAUAUUGCGCACAUUGAUCGGUAGCAAAACAAUUGCUGUUCAUUUUCUCUCUUGAAUGUUUCCUUACCUGUUGUUAGUAUGAAUAUCAAGCACUAGAGUAUCAUGGAUUUCGUCCUGGGCUCUUAACCAAGCGAAGGUCUUUCUGGGCAAAAUAGUGUGAAGAAAGAAUAACCGGUGCAUUUAGCUGCAAUUAAAUCUUUAAACUCUUCCGGCAGUGGUUAUAAAUGUGCGUUUUGCUUCUAGCAAACGUCAAUUGUGCUGUCCAUUGUUGUCCAUGCGUGUGUGAGGAAAUGUAAGGACAAGUCCAGAUUGCUUGCAAAAUCUGUCAUUGGCUUUGUUGUCACUUGACACGUCAUCUUGCUGAUAGGCCAAUGUUUCACUGGAGCCAUGACAGAACGAACUCCAAGUGACGUCAGCGGAUUAUGUGCUCAUGAUGUUCUGGUGACAUCACUGUUGUAUGUGUGGGGUCAUCAAUCGUGUUGUUAAUAUUUGUGAGAUAACCAAGAAAAGCUGAACGGAAUACCCGUGGAUUAAUAUAUCUUCAGAAGGAUUGUAAAUACGCCAUGGCGCUUUCAGAUGAAAAGCGGACUGGCUUUAUAAUGACAAACACCAGGGUAUAAUAACUUAUACAUUUCUCCACAACUACUGUUCUUGUGUAGACAAAAGAAACUUAAUAUUCCACGCUAGGAGGGUCAGCGUAUAGAAUUCCACACAAGAGUACGUGUAUAGAAGAUUGUCUCUAUGUUGUGCAGUAUCAUCUGCACAGGUCUAACGUUGUAUCAAAUGUACCAUAUAGUUUGACCUCUCAUUGCGUGCUGCUAAGACUGUAUAGUCCGACAAGGUGUGUAAUGUAAUCCCGGUCUGUCGGGAAUCAAAGAUCAUUGAUUAUAAGUGACUAAUCUAUACGA